GUCUGUGCUACACCCAGUUGUUUAGUUGUUGUCGUUUGGCCUUUCUGGGUUUUGGCGGCUAGCCUUCAACCAUAUCAUUCCUUUCCCUUUUCUGCUUCUCUUCCAAUCUGCUUACCAUUUAAAGGAUCUAGCCCUUUUUGCAAUUAAUCCUCACCAUGGCUACUGAACCUGUACCAGCCCUACCCCCUCAUGCUUCUGCUGCUCUUGAGGCAGUUGAGGAGAAGGUGAAUGAGGAGCAUCUAAAAGCUACUGAAAAAGAGACUGUUCCUUCAUCUGAAGAAAGUGGGAAAAAAGAGGACUCCAAAGUCAUCGAAUCGAAAAGCUCAUCAAUUGAAUCAUCACAAUCGGGAGAGGCAGAGAAUAAGCAAAUUGAGCCUCCAAUUCCUGAGCUUCAAAAGACAGAUGAUGAUCCUGAACCAAUAGCUGAUGCUGUCAAGACCCAACCAGAGGAGCAACCGGCAACAGAAUCUGCUGGGGAAGAAGUGAAGGAGAAACUGUUAACAUCUGUGGAGAAAGUUCAAGGGGAGCAUACUGAGAUGGAUCAUGUACCUGAACCAUCAGUUGAACUAAAGGAGAAACUACUGGAAGCUUGUACUGUUGGAAAAUCAGAAAUGGGUGUAGUAGGAGAUGAUGAGGAUCCAGAAGUAUCAUCCAGUGGAAUCAACAAACUAGAACCAGUGGUUCCUGAAGUUGAAAAAACGUCUGAGCAACAAUCUGGAGUGACUGAAAAAUUGGACAUUUUGUCCAAGGAAAUUGAAAAACCAGAAACAGUAGCUACUGAAGUAGAGUUCAAAUCUGAGGAUCAACCUGGACUUAUUGAACAUGUUGAGACCAUGCCCAAAGAAAUUGAAAAACUGGAACCUGUAGCCGUCAAAGUAGGGGUAAAACCUGAGGGACAAUCUGUAGUUAACGAACAAGUUGAAAUUGAGAAACCAGAAGCAGUAGCUGAUGAAGACGAGGUAAAAUCUGAUGAACAAUCUGGAGUUACUGAACAGGGUGGGUCUACAUUUGGUGAAACUGGAAAGCCAGAACAAGAGGCAAAACUUGAGGAAGAAUCUGGAAUUAAUGAACAGGCUGAAACUACGUCCGAAGAUGUCGAAAAGCCAGAACAUGUAGCUACUGGAUUAGAGGGAAAACUCAAGGAAGAAUCCGAUGUCAAUGAACAGGCUGAAAUUAUGUCCCAAGAGGUCGAGAAACCACAACCAGUAGCCCCACAACAAGAGGCAAAACUUGAGGAAGAAUCUGGAGUUAAUGACCAGGCUGAAACUACGUCCAAAGAUGUCGAAAAGCCAGAACAUGUAGCUAGUGGAUUAGAGGGAAAACUCGAGGAAGAAUCCAAAGUUAAUGAACAGGCUGAAAUUAUGUCCAAAGAGGUCGAGAAACCACAACCAGUAGCCCCAGAACAAGAGGCAAAACUUAAGGAAGAAUCUGGAAUUAAUGAACAGGCUGAAACUAUGUCCAAAGAUGUCGAAAAGCCAGAACACGUAGCUACUGGAUUAGAGGGAAAAUUCGAGGAAGAAUCCAAAAUUAAUGAACAGGCUGAAAUUAUGUCCAAAGAGGUCGAGAAACCACCACCAGUAGCCCCAGAACAAGAGGCAAAACUUGAGGAAGAAUCUGGAGUUAAUGAACAGGCUGAAACUACGUCCGAAGAUGUCGAAAAUCCAGAACAUGUAGCUACUGGAUUAGAGGGAAAACUCGAGGAAGAAUCCAAAGUUAAUGAACAGGCUGAAAUUAUGUCCAAAGAGGUAGAGAAACCACAACCAGUAGCCCCAGAACAAGAGGCAAAACUUGAGGAAGAAUCUGGAGUUAAUGCACAGGCUGAAACUACGUCCAAAGAUGUCAAAAAUCUAGAACAUGUAGCUACUGGAUUAGAGAAAAAACUCGAGGAAGAAUCCAAAGUUAAUGAACACGCUGAAAUUAUGUCCAAAGAAGUUGAGAAACCACGACCAGUAGCUACUGAGGUAGAGGCGAAAUGUGAAGAACAACUUGAAGUUGAUAAAAAAGUUGAGACUAUGUCCAAAGACAUGGAGAAACAAGAACCUGCAGCUUCCGAAGUAGAUGUAAUAGGGGAAGUACAAUCUAGGAUUGAUGAGCAAGUUGAGAAUAUGUCCAAGGAAGUUGAAAAACCUGCAGUCGUGGUUUCUGAAAUCAAAGUGAAACCAGAGCGAACACCUGGAGAUUCAGAGGAAGUUGACAGUAAAGAUGAGAAAUUCGAGCCCAAGGAAAGCGUGGAGAGUGAAACUGCAAAAGAUGAAGGAAGUUUGGCUGUAAAGAUAUCAUUGAAAGGGAAGCCAAAUGAAAUCACAAGCUCGGAACAAAUUAUCUCAGCUGGUCAACAGGCUCAAGGUGAUUUAAAACAUGGAGGUGCAGCUUCUCUUCUUGAUUCCAAAGAAACUCUUGGCAUCAAUAAAGAGAAGGAAUUGAAUGGGGUUGAUAUAGUUGAGAAAUUGCCUAAAGAGGCCGUGGCAGAUAUGGGAAAGAUUGGAGAAGAGAACGAAGCAGAGACUGCAAAAGUUGAAGGCAAGAAUGAAGAGGAAAAUUUGAUAACUGAGAGAUCAAUUGAAUCCAUCAAAGUUGAAGAUGUAAAAGAUGAGACCCUGGCUUCAGUUGGAACCGACAGAGCAGGCAACAUAGAAAGAAACCCGAAUGAGGUCAAUGAACUGAUUCAAGCAUCCGAAAAAUCUGGUUUCGAAGAAAGCAUAAAAAAUGGUGCAGAAAAUCUCGAGGGUGGCAAGAUUGCAGAAACUGAUGUUCAAAAAGAUGGUGAGGACACAAAUCCGGCGCAGGACCCGCCAAAAGAAGCCCCAGCCAAGCCCACUCAAAAGCAAUCAAAUAACAUCAUAUCAAAGGUGAAACAAUCACUUGUGAAGGCAAAGAAAGCUAUCACUGGGAAAUCUCCAAGCAAAGGUGACAAUAAAGUUAAGUAAUAUGUAAAAAAGUUGAAAAGAGGCUUGCACUCUGCAUACUACGGAAGUGUUAUAUUCUCAUUGUUGUUGCAUAUAUAGUACAGGUGUUGAGAUGUUGGAUUUCUUUGUGCUGCUCGUCUGCUUUGGAAGUUUGCUUUGCCUAUUUGGUGGUCGAAAGUUUGUCUAUAGAAAGCAUAGUCUCAAUUGUUUUGCUCAAUGUUGUAAAAGAUUCUCUCUCUCUCUUUUAGUUUGUGCUAUUCAGUUGUAUGUAAUGUGAUUAUUGUUUGUUCAUGGGUGAGUGAUUGUUGUUAAUAAAAAACUUGACAGUUAUUUA